AUGCUCACCAGUCCUUUAAACCUGCCCAAGUGGCUCGAAGAGAACUCUCAUCUCUUGAAACCUCCCAUUAACAAUUACUGCGUGUACAAUAAAGAUGUGACUGUCAUGAUCGUAGGAGGUCCCAAUGCACGAACCGACUAUCACAUAAACGAGACCGCAGAAUGGUUCUACCAAUACAAGGGAGCUAUGAUGUUGAAAGUGGUAGAUGAAGGCGAAUUUAGAGAUAUUAUUAUUGGGGAGGGAGAAAUGUUUCUAUUGCCACCCAAUACGCCGCAUAAUCCUGUUCGAUUCGCAAACACAGUGGGCAUUGUGCUAGAACAACCAAGACCAGAGGGUUCGUUAGAUAGGUUGAGGUGGUAUUGUACAAACUGCCGGGAGGUGGUGGAGGAGGCUGCUUUCCAUUGUACAGACUUGGGCACGCAAAUUAAGGAAGCUGUGAAUAGUUUCAAGGAUAGUGAGGAUAGGAGGAAAUGUAAGAAAUGCGGGACGGUUGCGGAAUCAGCGCCCCCGGUAGGAUCUAUCAAGGACCCAAAUAUCGCUUGA